AUGACUGUUCCACAGACCCAAAAAGCUAUCAUCUUCGAAACCUCCGGCGGUGAAUUAAAGUAUACCGACAUCCCAGUCCCAACCCCUAAGGCCAACGAGCUCUUGAUCAACAUCAAGUACUCCGGUGUCUGUCACACCGAUCUCCACGCUUGGAAGGGUGACUGGCCGUUGGACACCAAGCUUCCGCUUGUCGGUGGCCACGAAGGUGCCGGUGUCGUUGUCGGAAUGGGUGCCUCUGUCAAGGGCUGGAAGCUCGGCGACUAUGCCGGUGUUAAGUGGUUGAAUGGCUCCUGUAUGAGCUGCGAGUACUGUGAAACUGGCUACGAAGCUAACUGUGCGCAGGCUGACUUGUCCGGUUACACCCACGAUGGCUCCUUCCAACAGUACGCCACCGCUGAUGCCAUCCAGGCCGCCAGAAUCCCACCGGGUACUGACUUGUCCGAAAUCUCCCCAAUUUUGUGUGCCGGUAUCACCGUCUACAAGGCCUUGAAGACGGCAGACUUGGUUGCCGGCCAAUGGGUUGCUGUUUCCGGUGCCGGUGGCGGGUUGGGGACUUUGGCCAUCCAGUACGCUGUAGCCAUGGGCUACAGGGUUGUCGGUAUCGAUGGUGGUGACGACAAGGCCAAGUUGGUUAGGUCGCUCGGCGCUGAAGCCUUUGUUGACUUUACCAAGGAAAAGGACGUCACCGCUGCCAUCCAGAAGGUCACCAACGGUGGUCCACACGGUGUCAUUAACGUUUCCGUUUCCGAGGCUGCCAUCAACAGCUCCUGCGACUUUGUCAGGCCAACCGGUACUAUUGUUCUUGUUGGUUUGCCAGCCGGUGCCGUCAUCAAGUCUUCCGUGUUUACCCAGGUGGUCAAGUCUUACAGUAUCAAGGGCUCUUAUGUUGGCAACAGAGCCGACACCGCUGAGGCCAUUGACUUCUUUGUCAGAGACAAGGUGAAGUCUCCAAUCAAGAUUGUCGGGUUGUCUCAAUUGGCCAGUGUUUACGAAUUGAUGGAGAAGGGUCAGAUCUUGGGUCGUUACGUCGUUGACACUUCCAAGUAA